UGAAAUUUGAAAUAAAAAUAAAAAAUAAAAAAAUAAGCCCAAUCAAGUGUUUAUUGAUUCGGGUGUCGUAGCACCGCCGCCCACCUCCACCAAUCCCGAGCCUGCCACCACUUUUUCACGCCCUACACUCCAUAACAUUCCCUUCCCCCCUCCAAAGGUCCAACCCCUUUCAUUCCCACCUCCGACUUCGCCGUCAUCUCCGUCGCUCAAGGCGUCGAAUAGAUACCAGACGCCGAGACCUGCAAUUUCCGUCCACUCUCCGCCUUGUAGAGCUUCUAGGAUUUCUGGGACCGGAAAUUGGUACCUUCAAAAAACAAAAGCCAUGGAUAAAAAGAACAAUUCUUUUUCUUGUUUUAUUAUCAAGAUAAAGAUAAAAUGGAGAUGUUUUUUCAAGUUAGCAUUAUAACUACUGUGCUUCAUCGCCAGCCACCCUCCACCACCAUGGUAAAACCCUUCUUCUUAUUCUUCCUCCUAAUCAUCUGCCUGCUGUCAUCCACGCCGGAAUCUCGCCGGCCACCUCCGUUUCCCAGAAAACCCUCACGGCUUCUCAAAACCCAAAACAAUCUUGUUCAACUGAAGUACACUUACGAGACACGAUACUUUGAUCAGACUUUUGACCAUUUUAGCUUCAAUGAUCUUCCCAAGUUCCAACAACGGUAUCUCAUCAACUCCAAUCACUGGGUGGGUCCUAAUCGUUUGGGCCCGAUCUUCCUUUAUUGUGGCAACGAAGGCGACAUCGAAUGGUUCGCUGUCAACACCGGCUUCGUUUGGGAACUCGCCCCUCGUUUCGGUGCCAUGGUCGUCUUCCCUGAACAUCGAUAUUAUGGUGAAUCGAUGCCGUAUGGGAGCCAGAAAGAGGCAUACAAGAACGCUUCUACUUUAGCCUAUCUAACAGCCGAACAAGCACUUGCUGAUUACGCUGUUCUAAUCACCGAUUUGAAGAGAAAUUUGUCAGCCGAAGCGUCACCUGUAAUCUUGUUCGGUGGAUCAUACGGUGGAAUGUUGGCAGCAUGGAUGAGGCUCAAGUAUCCUCAUAUUGCAAUCGGCGCACUUGCUUCUUCUGCUCCGAUUCUUCAAUUUGAGGACAUCGUGCCCUUGGAUACGUUUUAUGAUAUCGUCUCCAGUGAUUUCAAACGAGAAAGCAGAAGCUGUUUUUGA